GUUGUCAUUGAAGUUGUCAGACUCUGGUUUAAAGUAUACAAUUUCAUCUUCUAGUUGCAGUCUUGCAACAUGCAUCAUCUUUCUAAAUUGCAACAUUCAUGGAGAUGGUUAACAUUUUGAUUAGAUGUUAAAAAGGCCAACAAGUCAUUCAUUCUAAUCAUUAGUAGUAGUUUGCUGGAAUAGGUCUGCUGAUUUUAAACUUCUCUGUGAUUUUUGGUAACUUCUCUGUGAUUUUUGGUUUUCUCUUGUUAGUGGUCAUACUGAUGAUUCUUUGGCAGGUUUCUAUUUGUCCUGAAGUUUUUAUUAGCGAGCAAGAAAUCUUUUGCUUGCCAUAUGUUUUUGCUCUUCAUAUUGGGUUUUGUAUUGUUGUAAUUGACUCUUUAAGGGUGUUGAAUGUUGCUUGCCUAAGAAGACAUGCGGCGUGUAGUCUGAUUGUGAACUACACUUCACCUGUCGAAAAUUGGAGGCUUCCACUAAUUCUUCUUCCUAGUGGUGAAAGUUUUAGAUGCUGCGAAGAUGUCCAUAAACUGCAUCGGUUGUCUAGAACAUAUCACUUUGAGAUGGAAUUGAACAGCUUUCUUAUCUGUCAAGCAUCUACCAUACUAAACAAUCUAAGAGUGCUGCAAUUUAUUUCUGCCUUUUCCUGUGGCAAAAAGGCAUGGAUCAUGGAUAAUAUGAUGCUUUUGUAUGAAAGUGGCAAUUAGCCAGAGUUGAUAUUGUGAUUGUGAACUUGCUGUUGGACAAGAGUGCCAGCGGCCAAACGUGUUGUUUGCAUGACCCAAUUUGAAGCUCUUUGAGGGGGCAUUUAGUUCAGAGAAUGUAAAAGUAUUUUGGUAAUCCUAUAAUUGGAAUGCAAGAUUACCUUAGCACAUUACCAGGUAUGUUAUAUUACAUUGUUUGGGUAAUUUGGUUGGAAUGUAAGAUUUUGCAAUUUGAUUGACCGAAUGUCAAAUUAGCUAAGAACGUAUUUUACUAACUUGUCCUUAUAGAAUUUGCGCCCCCUAUAUAUAUGUGUAUAUGUUCUUUACUGCACAAAGGUUGAAACUAGAUUAGCGAACAGCCCCGAAGUGUUUCAUGUUCAAACAGAGCUUGUAAAAGAUAUACUUGAUAAAGAAGAGUUUUGCCUGAGAAAUCCCUUUGACACAUGGUUUAAGAUAUUCAAGCUGAUGCUAAUACCUGGCCCCUGAGGUGAUUAAGGAUAUGUCGUGUUGGUCGUAUUUUCUUCUUUCUUAGGCUUUGUUAUUCACUUGAUCUGCUCCUCUCUCUUCAUACUAGGAUACCCUUAGACAAACUGCUGUAUUUUGUUGCUCGUUUGUUGUAUAGUACAUUUGAGCAAUACCACACUAAUUGUAGGCUUUGUUAAAGUUUUGCCAACUCUCUUAAUAAAGAAAACUACUCAGUUUGUGUA